AUGCCUGAGCUUCGAAAUAUUCAUGAGUUAAAAAGUCUCCAAGGAAAACUAGCCUACUUGAGGAGGUUCAUCUCAAAUCUAGCAGAGAAUGUUGCAAAUUUUAUCCGAGUGAAUAUCAUCUAUCGCUUUGGCAUCCCUCGCUACAUAAUAACAGAUAAUGACAAGCCAUUUGAUAACAAGUUAAUGAACAAAAUUUGUGAUCUCUUUGGUUUCAAGCAGCGUAAAUUUUCUAUGUAUCAUGCUACCGCCAAUGGUCUCGCUGAAGCAUUCAAUAAGACUCUAUGCAACCUCCUGAAGAAAGUUGUCUCCAAGUCCAAAUGGGAUUGGUAUGAAAGAAUGGAAGAAGCUUUGCGGGGAUAUAGGACGACGUACCGUACUCCAACUCAAGCAACACCAUAUUCACUCGCUUUUGGUGUUGAAGCAGUCCUACCACUUGAGCAUCAAAUACCUUCCUUAAGACUUACGGAAAAUACUGGGACAUUCUCAAAUUUUCAUGUCUCGCCUACUUUUGAUGCAGAUGAUUAUCGAUUGUUCAUCAAAGACUGUCAAACAACCAUUCUUAAAGCAUAUGACAUUUCGACAAGCAGGAGAAAAGCCUAUCUUGGUCGCAAGCGUGCUUUUGAAAAAGUCUAUGGUACUUGGGAGGGUUCUUUUGCCGAGUGGCCAUGGUUCAUGGAAGCUAUGAAACACUUCAAUCCUGGAACAAUAGUUGAAUGGUAA